AUGGCUGACACCUCAAAAUUCCACUCAUCCCUCAUCGUCACCAACAUCAAAACCCUCAUUCACAUCAUGUUGGAUAUGGAGAACGGGAAAUAUCACUCUUGGGCGACCCUAUUCAAGGUUCAGGACAAAAUUCAUUCGGUCAUUGAUCACGUUACCCCUCCCACAGAACCUGACGCACUAAAAACCUAUCUAGCUACAAAAGAGGCUGAUUUAACUCUAUGGAAUCGGCUUGACAACGUUGUGCUCCAAUGGAUUUAUGCGUUUAUCUCCUCUGAUAUAUUGGACACCAUUCUUGUGCAAGACGAUGUAGCCAAAAAUGCAUGGAAACGAGUAGAAAUUCUCUUCCAUAACAACAAAAACACAAGGGCCGUGUUUUUGGAGACACAAUUCACCACCACUGUGAUGGCAGAUUUUCCGUCCCUUCAGGCCUACCCAAACCGCCUACAAUCCUUAGCCACACAGCUUGCAAACGUGGGUUCCUAUGUCUCCGAGCAUUGUCUGGUCCUUCGCCUUCUUGCCGGCCUUCCCGAGGGAUACCGUCACUUUGUUACGAAUAUGCAGCAAAAGAAAAAGUUACCGGGGUUCUUUGAAAUGUGCUCCAGGUUGAACCUCGAAGACACCACUAACAAAGAGUGGGGGCGCGAGACAAUGGAGGAAAACCCUCAUCUUUGUCGACGAAGAGCCCCAGCCACCCUCCUCUCAGCCGUAUAA